UGUGGGCGUCAUGGCGGCGAGGACGCUGUCCUCGCGCGGCGCGGGCCCUGGCCCUGGCCCUGGCCCUGGCCCUGGCCCUGUGUCGGCCACCGCUUACCCCGACACACCGGCCGAAUUUCCCCAUCACCUCCAGGCCGGCGCGAUGAGGCGCCGCUUCUGGGGCGUGUUCAACUGCCUGUGCGCCGGCGCGUUCGGGGCCCUGGCCGCCGCCUCCGCCAAGCUGGCCUUCGGCCGCGAGGUGAACAUGGGACUGUGCGUCUUAGGUAUUAUCACCAUGGCGAGUACCAACUCUCUGAUGUGGACCUUCUUUAGCCGGGGCCUCAGUUUCUCCAUGUCUUCAGCCAUUGCCUCUGUUACUGUGACUUUUUCUAACAUCCUCAGCUCGGCUUUCCUGGGCUACGUGCUGUAUGGAGAGUGCCAGGAGGUCUUGUGGUGGGGAGGUGUGUUCCUCAUUCUCUGUGGACUCACCCUGGUCCACCGGAAGCUCCCGCCCACCUGGAAGGCCCUCCCACACAAGCAACAGUAACCUCCUGGCUGGAAGGACUCGUGAAAGGUGACCAGGGCUCUGCGGCCUUGGGUUGGUGUUCGCCACCACUUCCAGAGUGGCCUGGACACCCAGCCCUCCAGUCGGUGGCCACAGGGAGAUGCUGGAGCAGCCAGGCCAACAGGCCAGCCCCGAUCCCAAGAGAUCAGGCCUCUGGCCGCACAGCCUUGAGGGUGGUACUGUCAUGCUGGCCUCUGCCCUCCACCCAACAUGUGGAGAGUGCUUUGAUUCUUUGCCCACUGCCAAAACAACCUCAGACCAGCUGUGCGUCUGUGUGGCUCACGCCUGUCAUCGUAGUCCCUCAGGAGGCUGAGAUCUGAGAGUCGCGGUUCAAAGGCAACUCCGGGCAAGAAAGUUGGUGAGACUCUUUCUCACCAGUGAACCAUCAGAAAACCAGAAAUGGUCGAGCGCUAGCCUUGAACGC